AUGGCGACUGCUGCGGACUCCUCUCCCUCCUAUUCCAGCAGCCACGCCCCUCCGUUCCCUCGGAAUGCCCGCAACCUCUCCUCUCCGUGGUCUCACGUCGUCCGCGGUGAAUCCGAUGAAACUCCGGCCCCUGCUGCGGCGGCGUCUCCCUCGGCGCCGUCCCUGACCGGGGGGACGCCGGCGGCGUCGACCGUCCCACCUCCGCAGGUGUCCGAUCGCUCGCCUCUCAAGACCGCCACCUCCGAUACCCCGGCCGAUGUGAGAGCGGGAGAUGCUGCAGGAGCGCCGACGACGCCGCCGCCGUCGUCUAAUGUCGUGGACCAGGAGGCAUCUGCAUCGUCGCAGGAGAUGAAUUCGGCGUGGAAAACGUUUUCGAACGGUUCGAUCAACGCGGGUUCGGUGAUGGGGGCGGAGUCCUGGCCCGCCCUCUCGGAGGCCAUCAAGGUUUCUCUCAAGUCCUCUUCCUCAGAUUCACUGAAGGGUCUGGCCAACGGAUCUGUCUCUGUUCCUUCCGUAAGAUUGUGCUCAUUCUCCUCAUCUAUUUGUGGAAAUCUAAAGUAACGUUGAUACCGAAGACAUAUCUCCGCGUACGCGGUAAUUUUCACUUGUCCGUGUUUUUCUGGUUUGUAUUUGUUUCAGGCACCCAUGACUACAUCACCGAAACCGACUGCUACUAAUCCCAACACCAGUUCCUCCGCAAGCCAUGCGGUUCCGGCGCGGCAGAAAGCCAUGAAACGCCAUGGUGGUAGUGGUGGUGUGGCCGGCCCUGUCCCCAACAACAAUGGUGGCGGAUUUACUAGCAGUGGGAUUAUGUCACCUGGUACUCAAACAGGUUCAGCAGAGGCAUCUCAUAAUGCUUCGGAUAAGGUUGUUGCCUCAGGACCAUCUCCUAGAGAAUUACCCGGCAGGACUAACGACUGGGAUAAUGGAUCCAAGGCUGGUGGAAAUGAGCACCAGCGGAAUCAUAAUAGCAACCGGAGAGGUAACAAUGCCGGGGGUGGAGGCCACCAUCAUAGCAAUUUUGGGAACCGUGCUGACCAAGGACGAGGUGGCUAUGAAUGGAACAAUCGAUCCUUCGGUGGUGGAAGAGACAUGCACACGCAACAUCAGCAGCAACAACAGCCUAGGGCCAUGGCAAGGCCUUUCCUCCGGCCUCAACCACCUGGUCCUGCUCCGUUCAUACCUCCACCCCCCCAGAUUCGUCCUUUUGCAAACCCCAUGGGUUAUCAUGGUGAGUACUUUCUCUCGUGAAGUUCAAAACGUUCGAUCUGUCUUUCAUUAUUUGCUGAUCAUUCAAUGUUUUGACGUCUUCGAUUCAUCUUGCAGAUAUCUCCCCGCCUGUUUUCUAUGUGCCGCCGCCUCUCCCUGAACCGUGGAGGGGCAUGCCUUUCGUUCCCCCAACUCCAAUGUAUUUUGCGCCACCAGAUCUGCAGUUACGAGCAAUGUUAUUGCAACAAAUAGAAUAUUAUUUCAGGUGACUUUAUUCUCACUUUUUUCCCUCUGCUCGGUAAUGCAAACAAUUGAAGGACUAUUUGCUAUCGCAUUUCGUUAUUAACUGUGAGUUGACCUUUUAUUCUUUCUGCAGUCCUGAAAAUUUGUGUAGGGACGUUUUUUUGCGGCAAAACAUGGAUGAAGAGGGUUGGGUCCCUGUUUCCCUGGUUGCUGGCUUUAGAAGAGUGAGUCCUCUUUGCUGGCUUCAUAUUGUUUUACUAUGUUUACGGUCGUUAAUGGAUGCAGAGCCUUGAUACGGAGCUGUAUCCUCUGUAACUCACAUCUGUUUAAUCCUUCUAUAUUUUAAAACGCGAUCCUUGCUUUAAUGUUUAGCAUAUGAUUCUAGGUUUUAUUAUCUUUCUACAAUGGAGAUAAUAAAAUGGUUUGAUUAUCACAUUUUCAAGACUUCUCCUGUCCUUUUUUUGGUGCUCAAAUUUGAGUUUCGAGCAUAAAGUUGUGAUUUUCAUUAGGUGUUUAACAUUGUGGAUAUGAUAUUCAUUCAGUUGCAUGGAGUCUUCUCUUGACUUGAGUUGUCUGUUUGAGGUACUAUGAUUUGUGUAGUGUAAUUUUAGGCGUGCUUGAACAAACGAGUAGACGAAAAAGAAGAACAUAGGAAUGAUGUUGAAAGUUAAAUAUACUUGUACCAAUCUUAAAAGGAUCCGAAUCUGUCACAAAUGUUGAACAUGAAAUAAGGAAAUAAUAUUGUGGGAAGUUCUCUGUCACAUUAUCCCAGUUACUUACCACUCAUUUGGUUAUGCUAGACAGACCUUUCGCUUUGCUGUUUCAUAGAAUUUACACGUCCCCUGUAAGAUCUAAGUUGUCAUAGUCUGUGAGGAAAGUUUUCUUUAUGUGCGGGAAAGUAUUUGAAAAAUGUUUAUUUUUCUUUCUUAACUAUCCAAAUAUAAAUAAGACGUUGAGUUGAUUUGUCUUUUGAUACCUUAUUUUGCUUGGCGCAUUAUCAUUGAAGGAUUAUCUUUGAUCAAAAUAUGGCUCGCAUAGAAUAGUCAUUGAUUGAGGAGUCAUUGGAGCUAAUUUGAGGUAGUGAUAGCUGGUCUGUGGAAAUUAUCAUUUUAUGUAUCUACCUCACUUGGAGUCGCACUUACGGAUUUAUGAGUCUUUAUUCUGUUUUUAUUAAUAAUGUUUUAAUUGCAUAAUAUUUAGCUUUCAUUCGUGGAAAAGAAAGUCUCCUUUAGAAAAAGAAGUUCGUCACAUUCUGUAUGUACGUCACUCAGGCUUGUGCCCGAGAUGAAUAAUUCGGUCUAUUUUCUUUUUCAUGGUUUUUUGUUUCCCGAGAAUGAUUUUUUAUCAGUGCAUCACGAAAUCUUCAUUAGUGAAGAAAUUGAUCACCUCUAAUAUCUGCAGCAUUCAAGCUCGUGCUUGAGAUUCAUGAUUUUUUUCGUUUUUGCUUCUUAGUUUUUUCUUAUUCAAUAAGAUUGUGUUUCCAUUGGUGGAUGAUGGAAUCAUGUAGAGUUUGCCAUAAAUGCUAUGAUUUUCCUAUACCUGUAUUUAUGUUGAAAACCCCAAAAGGGUUCAUGCAAUCAUGUUCAAUUUCAGAAGCUGCGACACCACGAGUAAAUAUAAUAUUUAUAGGCUGAUAAUGUUCCAUGGAUAAAUAAUUUAGAUCAACGGUUUUAUACAUUUUAAUUCUAAUCUUUUGAUGGCGAACUGAAUGCUACGCAUUGUUUUAAUUUAUGACCAGUAGUUUUUUGUUUCAAUUAUUUCCUACAAUGUGAAUAAGGAUUUCCAUUGAUUAGCAAGCAGAGAAAAUUAUCUUCUGGAAUCUAUUAAUGACGUGAAUGAAUUCUGACGAUAGGGUUAGUGAAGUCUUGCAAGUUAUCGCGAAGGUCAUAUCACAGCUGUACAGAUGUUUUGGUCCUGCUAGGGGCGUCUAGAUCCUUAGCAAUCUUGUCAUCUAAGCCUUAACUGUCGAGGAAAAAUUAUAUGGCUACGUACUAAUGGAGUUUCCUUGAAUUUUCCAUGGUGAUUUUGAGAAAGAAAUGCUAAACUAACUACCAGAAUCCUGAUGGAACUUGAACUCAUAGUUGCAGAAUUGUAGAGCAAUUAGGGGACAGUAUAUUCUAAAAGACUCUUACUGCUAGAGUGGAUCCUAAACCAAGGAUAUUUUAUGCACAUGAUUGUUCAAGCUCUUCGUGGCAGGCAAGUAGAUAUUGCAAAGAAGACUUUGGAGAUCCCUAUCGUUGUGGGCAUAGUGACUGGCUCAAAAUCGGCCAGCAAGUGGUGGGAAAACCUACAUCUCAUUUCUUCACACACCCACUUAAAUAGUUAGGCGACUAUCCUUCAUCUCAAGUUUUUUACUUAAUUCUUUCUUCUCUGUCAAUUUCCUUGUAGCUCUCUGUCUCUCUCUCUGUCCCCCUCUGUCCCCCUCCCCCCCCCAUCAACAAGAUGACACAUAUUGGUUUCCUUCUCUCUAGCAAAUGUUGACUAGACUUCUGGCAGGGAAUAUUCCCCUCUGUUUGUGAAACGGCUCUUAAAGUAUCUGGAGCUGGUUGUUGUCAAAGUCAAUGUUCUAUGCCCCAACCUAUCUGAAGUCUAGGAUCCUACUGAUAAGGGCUUAAACAGCAAUAAAAAUAAAAAUUAGGAGUAAAGUGGUUUUAAUUAAAUCAGAUUUUGUUCUCUUUUAAGUACCCGGUAUCAAUUACAUAUCAAUUUAUAUCAAUUGCUCGCCCAAUACUUCAAAUGAUGCUGUCUAUGGUUUGAAAUGGCUUCGGCCGACUCUCCUGCGUGAAUGAGCUCCCUUGCCUUAGGCUAAAGCAGUUCAAGGCCUCAUCCUCCUCCCCAUUGACUGGAAGAGGGGUUGAUACUGCCCACUUAACGAAGUUGAUCACAUGCAGAGAGUCGCCCACGUGUAAUCACCAUGAUAUUAUCCUCACUUUUAGUGAGUGGAAUCUGUGAACUUAGUAUACGGUAAGACACGUAGUACCUAUAACAAUAGAGACCGAAGAAUGUAAGAGAGUCUAAAAGGCAGUCGGGUAUUGGGAUUGCCUGGAAGGAACUCAAGUACUAGUACAUCCCGCUAGUUUAUCUAAUGCAUAUUUGAACGCUUGGUUUGUGAUAUUUUAUUCGUCUGAAAGAUCUUAUCUUUGUUACAGGUCAAAAUUUAUGUCUGAGCAGUGGGCGGCAUUUUUGUUUUCGAAACGAUUUGAAAUAUGACCGUUCAUCUUUAGGAAACGUUUUUGAGUGAUAUUGUGGAAUCACAGUGAGAAGUUAUAUCUUAUAUGGGAUUUCAAUUAGAUCUCUUCAUCUUUACUCGUAAGUGGGGACGUAUUUGUCUAUUCAUCCAGAAGAAUGAUCACUGGCCAUCUGUUGCUUUGCAGGUCAUAAACCUAACGAACAGCAUCCCACUAAUAUUGGAUUCAGUGAGGGGUUCAACAGUAGUUGAAUUGCAGGUUUGUCUUUUUUAUCACGUGGGUGUCGACUUAUAGUUGAUUCAUCCUCCGAUGCUUUAACACAAUCCAGUGGAUAAUCUGAUAUAGCGCUUGAAAGAUGCAGUCCAGCGCAUGACCAUUGAAUUUAAUUUCCUUUCUGGCCAGCUAAAACCGGAUCUUGCUUCUGCGGUGACUCUUUUCUGGCCUCGUUCUCUCUUUCAGGGUGACAAGAUGAGGAGACGCAAUGACUGGAGGAAUUGGCCGCCGCUAAGCACUUCAGCUAGUCCACGGGACCCAUCAACGAGGCCGAACUACGAUGCUCUGGCUGGUCAGCUGGCGCAUGUCGGAUUGGAAGAAGGCAGUUCCGGUGAAAAUAUCAGGAGGGGUGAAGCUCACCUUGGAGCUUCCCUCGGAAGAUCAGCGUCUGGGGAGUUGAACAGCCAAGCUCAGGAUGGAGAUAACUCCGGGCAGAUCGCAGCCCAAAAUGGUUCUGGAAGGAGCUUUGGCCGGAGCGACAACUUUUAG